CCUAGCGGUCAAGGCCCGUCAACGUCUUCAAUUUAAAAAAAAGCAAAAACCCGCGCGCGUAACUGUCAAACUAUUUUUUUAAUUCUCCUCCUUCUUUCGCUAAUUGUUUCUUUGUUUUUAAUUUAGUACGAGUAACUGUGAAUGUGGAUUUCGCAUCCGAGAAGCGGUUAAACAGGUGUCAAGCCAUGCUCACGUUAUAGCCGCACCAUGGGCCCCCCCGUCACCCCGGCCGGCCGGCGGCCAGGUGUCAGUGCAGUGACAGUGAGUGGUGACAGUUGGCGAGUGUCACUCGCGGUAGUGCUGACAGUGUUGAACUUGAGUGCGGUGGCCGCCGGCCCGGUGAUACUUAAUUUGGGAUACUUACAAGGUCCAGUAGCUGUAGCUAGGAAUAUAAGACACUUGCCAUGUGUGUCGAGAAAAACGAGUCAGGAGGGCUUGUGUAUGUUCGCGAUAGACUGCCUCAAGGCGAACGGUACACAUCUAGGCACAUGUAUAGACAGGUUUUACUUCGGUUCCUGCUGCCAAAUACCCGAUAAGAAUGUCCUCCCACAGAUAGUAGGAAAUAAUAUAGAAGAUAAUUCAAUAGAGAACGCAAACUUCGUUCAUCAAACAGACGAUAAAUAUGUCAGUCAUAAUAUAAACAAAAUAAUAGAUACGAAUAAAAAUAAAUAUGGUACGAAAAAACCAGUUUCGAGUACGCAAGCGCCCGCAGAAACUAUGGAGCCGAGAACAGAUCUGCCGCCUCAGAAAGAUGAUACCAAAGCAGAAGACGACCAGACGACUCUCGACAAUGAUAUAUCUGAUGAGGAUAGUAAAGUAACAGCUAGUUUUAGUUCCACAGAGAUACCUAAGAUUGAUACGACGAAGACAGUCACAGAAAUACCGAUGAAGUUGUCCACAUUCCAAACUGUUUCCGGCGGAAACAACUUACCGGAUAAACCUGAUUCACACAAAACGAGUGAGACUACUACACCUAAAGUAACGACAACGACCAGUGAAUCCAGCUCAAUCCCACCGAGACCUUACCGACCGACCUACAAACCCAGACCGGGGUAUAGACCAGUUAACUUCACGAGACCACAAUACAGUACGAAACCCAGACCGACAAAACCUGUAACUGUUUCUAGUACAAGAAAACCCCCUUACAGAUUACCAACGAAACGACCUUCGUCUAAGAAACCUUUACCCAUACCUCCAAGACUCAACAUUACCAUACUACCACAGUCCACAAGCUCAAGACCUAUAUUUACUAAGCCAUCAAGUACUCCCAUUACAUUCAUUAAUACAUUGAAAGAUGAAACCAAACCGUCAAAUAUAACUACAAGUACAACUACAACCACUACUACAACAACAACUACUACUACUACUACAACUACAACACCAGCACCAACUACAACAACACCAGAACUAACCACUACACAAGCGACAACUAUAGUAACCGCCGCUCCGACAACCGUUACAACUGAACCUGCAACUGAAGAAACUACUACAUAUAAAACAACAGAAUCUGAUGUAACUGAAGCUUUCUCUCCAACGACAGAAACAGCAACGAUUAACGAUGAUACAACAACAGAUAGAGGAACUACUGUUGGCACUGAAACUGAUUCUUACGAAGAAGCAACGGAGGCAUCUGAGGUUACUACAGAAGAACCAACGACGGAAGCUCCUAAACCUGAAGAAGCCCCGGCCACGUCUCCAAAACCGUCAACAGAGUACCCUCCCUUAGUGACAUGGUCUAACCCUGUUGAAUCAGCCAGCAAGGCGCCCGAGCUUGGACCUACUAAUGAUGAGUGGGAGCCGGUGACGCCUCCGGAGGGCUGGGUGCUGAUAUCCACCAUGUCGCCGAAGCCCGACACCACACAGAAGGCCACUACUCCCAGUAUCUCCUCCUCAACAACAACACCCAUCGACAUACCGAAUACCACAUCAAAAACGGAAUCCCCGACAACAUUCACUCUGGAGUUCCUCACCGAGUCUCCCCAAACGACAAAAACAACAGAGAAGUCUGAAGUGUCGGAAGCAACAACACUUCCAUCGUCACCUUCCUCACCUUCUGUGUCGACUCAAGGACCGAUCCUGGAGUUCACAGUGAAUGUGACUCUGUCACCGACCGUUCCAACCUCCACUGCGAGUAUUGAAAUUACCACCAAAGCUGCUGAAGAAACUACAGCCAACAAGACUGAUUCUGCAACCACAGAGGAGUCAACAACGGAAGCCGCCACAACCGCCAAACCCACCACCGCUGCAUACGACAUGUCAGACUAUAAAAGCGUGUGCGGGCGGCGGCUGUGGCCGGCGGGGCGCAUCGUGGGCGGCGCGAAGUCGGGCUUCGGGCAGUGGCCGUGGCAGAUCUCCCUGCGGCAGUACCGGACAUCCAACUACCUGCACAAGUGCGGCGCCGCGCUACUCAACGAGAACUGGGCCAUCACUGCCGCGCAUUGUGUGGACCGGGUACCGCCGUCGGAGCUGCUGGUGCGUCUGGGCGAGUACGACCUGGCGUCGGAGGAGGAGCCGUAUGGGUUCGCGGAGCGCCGCGUGCAGAUCAUCGCCAGCCACCCGCACUUCGACCCCGCCACCUUCGAGUACGACCUCGCGCUGCUCAGGUUCUACGAGCCGGUGACGUUCCAACCGAACAUCCUGCCGGUGUGCGUGCCCGACGACGACGACGACUUCGUCGGCCGCACCGCCUACGUCACGGGCUGGGGACGACUGUACGACGAGGGUCCGCUACCGAGCGUGCUGCAGGAGGUGUCGGUGCCGGUGAUCAACAACAGCGCGUGCGAGUCGAUGUACCUCGCCGCAGGAUACAACGAGCAUAUACCCAACAUCUUCAUCUGCGCUGGUUGGAAGAAGGGCGGCUCUGACAGCUGCGAAGGCGACAGCGGCGGACCGAUGGUGAUCGAGCGGACGCGCGACCAGCGCUUCGUGCUGAGCGGCGUCAUAUCGUGGGGCAUCGGCUGCGCGGAGCCCAACCAGCCCGGCGUCUACACGCGCAUCUCCGAGUUCCGCGACUGGAUCAACCAGAUACUGCAGUUCUAGUGGCACUUGGUUGUACCGUUGUAUGCCUUGCGUUAUGCCACUUUGCCAAAAAAAAAAAACAACUUGUAUUGAAUAUUUUAUUCUGAAGUAUUUUAUGAAGGUGAUAUCUUCUUCUAUCGUAAAGGGAGUGACAGACGUGCGAGUAAG